CAAACUGAGAUGAAAGUGCUGUGUCUGAAAUAGUAGGUGUUUGACCGCUAACUUAGAUUGCGGUCUUUAUUAAACCCUGACACUGUUGGUCUGUAACAGCAGCAGAAGGACCUCACCCAUCUUCUGUUUCUAUUCAGGAGCCGACGUGGCUGAACCCAACAGCUCAGACAGCCGCGGCGAACGCCUUGACUUCUUCCUCAAACAGGAAGAAGCUCUCGCCACAGAGACUGGCUUUCUGGGUCCCAAUGAUUCGGAAGAGCCUGGGGGAGGAGCCGGGGGUGGAACGAUCUCAUCGGUAGCCAAUCUGAAGGCGGCACUGAUGAGUAAGAACAGCCUGCUGUCAUUGCGGGCUGAGAUGAUGGGAGAUGAUAACCCCUUGCUGUACGAGUACCUACCUAAAGGAGGACACUCCCUGUCGUGGCUCAGCUCCAACAACUACUGCAGCACGCUCCGGCCAGGGGCCACGGGGGCCACUAUUCAUAACAAACAAGGGGCUGGCUCCUCUCCUCCUCCUCCUCUUCCACUGCUUCAUCCUCAUCUUCCACCAUCUCCACCACCACUGCCAUCAUCAGCAUACUGCCCACCCACUCCACCCACGCCACUGCACCCCUCUGAGCCCCGGCCCCUGGAGGCCCCCGGUCUGCAGGCUGGGGUGCCCCUGAUGCAUUCACAAGGGUUGGACAUGGAAGUGGAAGAGGCUCCUGAGGGUCCAAAGCCCCACACCUCGCCUGAGGAGGGCGAGAGAGACAAAGGACGCGUGACAGACAACAGCACAGGUGAGCAGUGUCAUGUUGAGAGGGAUCAGAUGGCUAACGGCUGCUGCGGUGAAGGCUUGACUGUCUCUGCGUCCAUGCCUGUGGCGGGCAGAGGGAAGAAAGGGCUGAUGGGUGGAUCAGAGGAAAGUGUUCUGCCAGAGCCGGGUGCCUGGUCUGCACAGGGGUUAGCCUGCUCCCUGUGCAAGCGGCUGUUCAGCAGCCUGGAGCAUCUCAGGGAUCACGAGUACCGCCACACCUUGUCUCUGAUGGCCUUGACUCUGGACUGGCCCAACAUGCCGGGUUCACACCAUCGACCUCCCCAAGCUCAUCACCAGCUGCAAUCCCAGCCUCUCCUUUUCUACCACCAGCCUCUCUACCGCCCCCAAGUGUCAGAUUCUGCGCCAUUACGUUACCUGUGUUCCCAGUGCCCCGCCAGCUUCACACUCAAAUCGAAUGCAGACCGACACGAGAAGACCAUCCACUUCAAGAAGAAGCUGAUGCAGUGCACGUACUGUCUGAAACACUUCAGAGACCGCACGGACCUGCACCGGCACCUGUCGUCCGUGCACUCCAAAGAGAGAGACUACACCUGCCCUGCUUGUUCUAAGGCUUUUAGCACCCAGAAAAACCUGGCUACACAUUUUAAAGUGUGCUGUCAGUUGGGGUCAGUGCCAGGGGCUGUGGUGGAACUGGGAGGCGGUAUGGGGAUGGAAAUGUCUCAGGGUGGGGUCCCGGAUCCGCUGUGGCGGCUCUCUGGAGAUAUGAAAGUAGAAAAUACUAACCACAGCAUCAAUAUUAAAAACUGAGGCCUGAUUCGUGAACGGGAAGUUUUGCUGACACGCUCACGUAGAAGCGCAUCCUCACAUACGUCUUUGUACGUUUAUGCAAAUAAUGUUGUGUGACGUCACUGCACUGAGAAAGGAAGAAUUAAAAUCGAUCCAUGUCCAAUGAUAUGAUUGGGACCUUUUUUUUUAAACAUCUUUUGAGAUUUGGUGUCAUUGUUAUGUUUUUUUGCAUUAAUUUUAAGAAAAGCACAACUGCUUUGAAAAACUGAUUAUUUUUUAUACAAAACUUGACUUUGUAUUUAUUUCCAGUUUGCAAAAAGUUGACUGGACCCACUAAGAGGUGAACUGGUUUCCAUUUUAGGGGUGGGGGGCUAUUUUUUUUUUUUUUUUAAUCUACCCAACCUCAACCACUCGUCUGGUUCUCUGUCUCCACUCACGAGUCUGACUCCACUCACCGCUCCUUUUUCGGCAGAGAUCUUUAUCUCUGUGUCCAGUCCUGCUUUACUGGCACAAAGACAAUUAGACUCAGUUUGGCUCUAUUAAAGCUUCAGCAUGGCUCACGGCCCACACAACCACCCCACCUGCAGGAAACGUAUGGCAUUGCAGCACAAACAGACCUCAGUCAGAUUGUCUUUUACCAGCUGCAUCUGCAAUAAUAUGUAGAAUUAAAGAACUUAAAUUGCAAUUGGUGUUUGUUUGUCCACACCUGAACUCAAACAGCAAAGAAAAGUGAUCGGAUCUCGGAUUGGUGCGAGUUUUCAGUGGAAACUCAGGAACUUCUGUCAUCAGAAAUGACACGAUUACCUUCAGCCGGCCCUGUUGGAACAGUGCAGAUGGAGGGGAUGUGUCCAACAAGACAAAGCCAGCUAAAACAAUAGACCAGUAGCUCACAGAUGGGGGUGGUGUGGUGUCAUAUUCUCUCUCUCUUUCCAUCCAUCUCUCCUUUUCCAGUCUGUGAGUCUCCUGGUUGCUAAGUGUGGCUGGACCUGGACAGUAAUUGGCCCUUCACAGAUCCAGCCGUUCUUAACCUGUGACCCUGCUCAGCUGAAUAGGAGCACCGAAAUGGAGCGCGGGCCAGGUGACGCGUUUAGUGAUGUCACAACGGCAAGCAAAUAGAUAACGCUGUGGUUAUGGAUAAAGGUAGAAGAGUAGCAUAUCGGGGAGAAAAAUGCAGGAGAGCAACAAGGAUGUGAGUUUGGAGUAUAAAUCUGAGUUUACAGCAAUCAUCUCCAUCUUACAUAAUCAUCUCCACCAACCAGAUGAAGGAGGCAGGUAGCCUCCUUUGUGACAUCAUAAGGCAGGCAGUUUGUUAAAUUAAGAGACACAUGCCACUUCAUUAGGUACACCUGUUCAGCUGCUUAUUGAAGCAAAUAUUUAAUCAGCCCGUUGCGUGGCAAAGCCUCAAUGCUUUUUGUCAUGUAGACAUGGUGAAGUUCACACCAAGCACCAGAAUGCUGAAGGAAAGUGGUUUAAGUGACUUUGAAUGUAGCGUUGUUAUUAAUGCCUAUCAGACUGGUUUGAGUAUUUCAUGAAUUGCUAAUCUACGGGGAUUUUCAUGCACGAUCAUCUCUACAGUCCACAGAGAACGGCCUGCAAAAGAAGAAACAUCCAGUGAGCUGUGGUUUGCUUUGGUGAAAAUGUCUUGUUGAUGGCAGAUGUCACAGAAGAACCACCAGACUGGUUUGAGCUGGUAGAAAAGCACAGAUAAAUUAACAACAGAGGUCUGCAGAAGAUCAUCUGUAAACUCAAAACAUGUUGAGCCUUGAAACAGAUGGACAAAAAGUAAAAGUCCACACCAGGUGCUUCUUGAAAGACUGGAAAACUGUUGCCUGGUCCGGUGAGUCUUGAUUGCUGCAGUUGUGUAAACGACAUCAAAGUGUGGAACCGUCCUGCUUUGGACACACAGUUUAGGCCAGCGAUGAUGUAAUUGUGUGGCAACUGUGUGAUGCCGUCACGACAACACAGACCAAAGUCUCUGAGGAAUCUUACCAGUAUCUUGGUGAAUCUGUGCCACAAAGAAUUCAGGCAGAUAUUAAAGUUCAGAAGCCUAAAGGAGGAACAGCCUGGUAUUAGCAAGGUGUACCUAAUGAAGUGGCCAAUGAGCAUAUCCCUUAGUGGUAAAGUAAUUUAAUAAACUACCUGAACAAAGAUCCAUCACCCUCACCCACCCACUACCCGUCCACCACUCUGACAUGUUUUGCCUGCUCACAUCUGACAAAUGGAUGAUCACAACGUCCACCAGCAUCUAUUGGUCGGAGGAGGUGGUUAUUGACA